GAGAGAGUCCUCAAAUGGCAUUCCCUAUCAUGUGCACUACUUUUAACCAGGACCCAUGGCCACCUAUUCCUUAUCUAGUGCACUACUUUUAACCAGGACCCAUGGCCACCUAUUCCUUAUCUAGUGCACUACUUUUAACCAGGACCCAUGGCCACCUAUUCCUUAUCUAGUGCACUACUUUUAACCAGGACACAUGGCCACCUAUUCCUUAUCUAGUGCACUACUUUUAACCAGGACCCAUGGCCACCUAUUCCUUAUCUAGUGCACUACUUUCGUCUGAGUCCGCACUUCUCAUGCAACUUCAAUGGGGUGUACUGAUAUGAUCUCUCUCUCUCUCUCUCUCUCUCUCUCUCUCUCUCUCGCUCUCUCUCGCUCUCUCUCUCUCUCGCUGUCUCGUUCCUUCUCCUCUCUCUCCUCUCCUCCCCCCAGUAGUAGACCAUGGUAGAUUUGUUCCUAGGUCGUACACUAGUAUGUAACAACAGAGACCGUGUUGAGUACGAUACGGAACGGGAGGUCAUCCUCCGUCUCCAGAACCGGAUCCUGCUCCUGUUCUUCGGUUCAGUAGACAGCCAACGGUGCCAGGAGUUCGUCCCCCUCCUCCAGGACUUCUUCAAGCGUCUAACAGAUGAGUUCUACGUGGAACGCUCGGCCCAGUUGGUCCUUCUGUACAUCAGCCUGGACCAAUCAGAGGAGCAGCUGGAGAACCUCCUCAAAGAGCUGCCCAAGAAAUGCCUGUUCCUGACCCACAAUGACCCCUAUCGCAGAGAGCUGGAGUCUAUGUUUGAGGUGGAGGAUGUACCGAGGGUGGUGGUGCUGCGACCAGACUGUUCUGUUCUAUCUCCCAACGCUGUCUCUGAGAUAAGCAGCCUCGGAACCAACUGCUUCCACAACUGGCAGGAAUCAGCUGAGCUUAUCGACAGGAACUUCAUGCUGAACGAGGAGUUUGAUGACAAAAAGAUGCGGAGCGUCACUGACCCGAUACGCCGCCUCAAAUACAAGGUGAAGAAGAAGAAGAGGAGGCGGUGGGGGUGGGGUGGUGGAGCCGGAGAGGAUGAGGAGGAGAAGGAGGAGGAGGACGAGGAGGAGGAGGAGGAAAGAGGAGAGAAAGAAGGAUGAGAAGCAGAAUGGAGGAGGAGGAGGAGGAAGAGGAAG